AAUAACUCGCGCUUACAAUAGGACAUUCUGCUUUCGGUUUCGAGUUUGAUUCAAAGAAGGCCUAGUUGUUGAUUUUUCAAAAAUUAGAAUGGAAAAAUACAAGGAAUAAGGUUAUUACGAAGAUGGGAACGGUCGAUGAUGGAAAGGAGAACGAUUUACUCGGACAAGAUAAUGUCAAACCAGCUGUUAAUACUGACAACACAACAAACGGGCCUGAUGAUCAAAGCCAAGUUCUGGCAGUUGACCAAAACAAGCAAGACGGUGAGCAAAAUAAUGAAAAGGAUGGAAAGAAACAAGAGCGCCCUAAAACAGGAAGAUCAAGGGCCGUGGAUGAAUAUACUGUUAAUUUCUACUACCUGCAGGAUGCCGACUCGGCCCGUGACGUGAUGAGGUCACAUGCUCCAAAGUAUGCACGGAUAUUGGAUGAAAAGAGAAUAUCUGACGGUGAGGAACAUCCGUAUGGAGAGUUUAUCCAUUCAUAUAAUUUAAGUAUUCAAACAAGUGGAGCCCUGGAGGCACGAAAAGUCGAAUCUGACUUGUACAACCUGUGGCUUACUAAAAGACCAGCAAACGAGGUUCACUGUUGGUUGGAGAUCCGAAGAAGGAACAUGCGAGGUUAUGACCCCAGCCAAUCAUCAAUUACAACAAUAGAGGGCAUAUCCUUCUAUGGUGGAUCCAUGUUGUCACCAGUGAAAUUUUCUAAACACUGGGAUAUGAAAUCCAGCAAUAAAGUUGUGUUUGAAAAUGACAAACAACUUUUAUCCAUAGAGAGCGUGGUACCAACUGGACUUUACUACGAUGUUAUAGAGAUUCCAUAUAGUUCAAUGCAUGAUGGUAUCGUAGUACACUUACAAAAACAAUCUACAGCACUGUUUGUCAAUGUGAAAUCAAACCCAAAGAUAUUCAACAGAAAAGACAUAGACAGCACCAGAACAGACGAAAAGCGGAAUGUUUGUUUCCAGGGAAUCAGCCGAGAAGAGUUUGGCAGGUGUAGCAGCUUUUGUAUUGAGUUGCCUGGAAAUAUACUCGACGAUACACAAUCAAAGCUACCUCUAGGUUGGCAAGUGGUUUCUAGAUUGAAGCGCCUGGGGUUCACUGUAGUCUAUGCCGAUGUUACAGUUAUACCUCAUAAUCCCACUGACUUCCAGUCCCCGUUUGAAGAUUUUGACGUCGAAUAUGCGUGGAUGUGCCUUGUGUCUCAGGGUUUUAAAGUUACUGACCACUUCAAUGAAGAAAAUGCAUUACUUGUACGACAUUCAGUCAAUUGUCUGACUCCAGAGACUCUCUAUCGCUUUGCAGCCACAGCAAACCAACAACCAUUCAUUCACCUUGCGCAUAUUAUAUCAACUCAAGUGAAUGAUAAAAAACAGACCAGAGAAGAAACUGAAGAAGAUUUGCCACCAGGCUAUUCAAUGAUCCGUCGUAUGGUUUUGACGCCAACUAAACAUGUAUUUUUUCCGAAGGAACCAAUUGUUCAGAAUCGCAUCAUUCGACAUUAUGAAGAAGAGUAUUUCAUAAGAAUUGUUUUUCGUGAUGAAGAUUAUGAAAGAGUGAGUGCCAUUCAACCUAAUGCUCUUGAUUCAGUAAUCGAAGCCAUGAAAAUGUUUUUGCUAGCAGGUUUUCAAAUUCUUGAUCGUAAUUACGAAUUUUUAGGAUGCUCUAACAGCCAACUGCGAGAGCAUGGGUUUUGGUUUUUUUGCCCAAACGAUGGCAUUUCAGCACAGCUAAUCCGUAAUCAAAGUGGCGAUAUUUCAAGGGAGAGAUGUGUAGCGUCAUAUGUAUCACGCUUUGGACUGUGUUUUUCCGCAUCUCGUGAUACGGUGGAUGUGGGCGUGAAUCCUGGAGAAAUGGUGGAAGAAGAAGAUAUCGAAAGAAAUGACUAUUGCUUUUCUGAUGGCAUCGGGAAAAUAUCGCCGUAUCUUGCCAAUGAGGUAGCAAAUGCUCUUCAGUUAAAUGUGGUACCAUCUGCUUUUCAAAUUCGAUAUGGAGGAUGUAAAGGAGUUGUUUCACAAGAUCCAAAUCUGAGUAAAGCUAGCAGCAUCCUUGUUAUUCGACAAAGCAUGAACAAAUUUACAUCGAAUUCGAAAAACCUUGAGAUUUUGCAAGUAACUAAUCCAGGCAAACUUCAUCUAAACAGACAAGUAAUCACACUUCUUUCUGGACUUGGCGUCCCAGAUAAAGUGUUCUUGUCACUUCAAGAAGACAUGCUCUUUAGUUUGGCAGAUAUGAUGCUUUAUGACAAGGAGGCACUAAAAGCUCUCUCAGCGUUAACGAUUGAUAUAAAGUUCAAGAAACUUCAGAAGAGAGGGGUCGUCUUUAUCAGAGAACCAUUCUUCAGAUCCAUGUUGAUAACAAUUUACAAGAGCAAAGUUCGGGAUUUGAUGCGUCGUGCAAGAAUCCAAUUACCUUUUGAAAAUGGUCGUAUUAUGAUGGGGACGCUAGAUGAAACUCAGACAUUAGAAUAUGGACAGGUUUUCGUUCAGUAUUCAUGUGUUCCUGGACAACAACAGGAAGAUUCAAUCGUACUCACUGGAAAAGUUGUAGCUACUAAAAAUCCUUGUUUUCAUCCGGGAGAUCUCCGUAAAUAUGAAGCCGUAGAUGUCCCAGCCUUACACCAUAUGUUCGAUUGCAUUGUGUUCCCACAGAAAGGCCACCGACCUCAUCCUGAUGAAAUGUCAGGUUCUGAUCUAGAUGGCGAUAUGUAUUUUGUAUGUUGGGACGACCAAUUGUGCAAUGUCAUCGAAAAUCAAAAACCCAUGGACUUUCCUAAAUCUCAAAAAAUGAAAUUAAAUCACGACGUCAUGGUUGAUGAUAUCAUAGAAUUUCUUGGUGACUAUAUCAAGAACGACAAUCUAGGUGUUAUUGCAAAUGCACACGUUGUUCACGCUGAUAAAGAGAAUAUUUUCACCGAGGCCUGCAAGCAACUUGCUAAAAUGCAUUCAGAUGCAGUUGAUUUUCCCAAAACAGGAACUCCAGCAAAAAUGACGAGAGAUUUGAGGGUGGAUAGCUAUCCGGAUUUUAUGCAAAAGACAGAUAAGCCACAAUAUAUGUCCAAGAAGGUACUUGGAAAACUGUUUCGUCAAUGUCGCGCACUUGAACAAGCUCAGACAAGGAGAAGGGACAGCCAAAAAAUUAUACGAAACUUAAGAAUUGAUGAAGACUUCAUUCUGUUCGGGUGGGAAAAGUAUGAAGAAGACGCUGUCAUGUCUAGAAAUACCUACAAUGAUAAACUGAGACAAAUUUUAACUUUGUAUGGUAUCGAAAACGAAACCGAAGCUAUUUCGGGAAUCAUUAGAAGACUAAGGCCAAACAGAGGAUGUCUUAACAAUGAGAAAUAUGAAAUAGGGCAAGUAGUGAAAGCGAAAAUGUCGGUAGUGAGGAAGAGAACAAGGGAACAGUUUUUCCAAGAGUUUGGAGGCGAGUCAAAUAUUGACUUAGGAAAUAUAGGAAAAGAAGCAUUAUUAAAAGCAUCAGCAUGGUAUCAAAUUACUUACCAUCCGAGCCCCGGCAAUCCUGAACCUUUGUUGAGUUUUCCUUGGGUUAUUGCGGAUGUUUUGGCUUUGCUUAAAGGUGAUGAACUACAGAAAAGAACUGAUGCCAUUACUAAAGAUGUCACCGAAGAAGACGAACGCUUUGGAGACAACCUGUUCGACAUUGGAUCGUCUAUAGUUCGUCGAUUUUUCUUUACCAAGAGUCAAAGACAGUUAACUUUGAAUAAUUUAAAACAUGUUGCAAAAUUGGUAUUGAGCCUUCUUGCUCCUGUUAAAGGGGCAACUUUCAUUCCUGUUGGAACAUCCAUAGUAGGACUUAUGAAAACAGAUGAAGUAACAGUGGAUAUUUAUGUAGAUUCCAGACAAAAGAGAAAAGUUUUAUUUGAUUUUAUUCGAAGUUUGCUUUACAACAAAAGCAUUAUCAUUACGGAACGCGGUCCUUGUCCUAAAUACAGAGUCAGUCUAGGUGACAAUUUAUAUUUUGUCAGAUUUUCGACAGACGUAAAUGUUUUGCGGAGAUCGGUAUUUCUCAAAACUUUCAUUGAAGAAAACAAAGAGAUUGUCCCAGUUAUUUUGUUCCUUUUAGAUUGGGGAAGAAGAACUUUUGUUGUUUCGCCAACUAGAUCGGGACAUAUAUUUGAUGAAGUUACGUUUGCGAUGGUUGUCAGUGGAUGUGUUUUAACCAUGAUGGAUCUUCCAAAGGACAAGGUUUUACACCCACAGAACAUAAAGAUGGAUGCUAUCAGUGCGGAAACGAUGCACGUCGUCGAUGUCGAUGAUAUUCCUUCAAGUAAAACCAAAACGCUGGCAAAAAUCGUCAUGCAGUUUUUCAAAGAUUAUAGGGCUAUACUAGCUGAGGGUGUUAAGAAAGGACUAAUUCAGUUUAUCCCAGACCCAUCCGAUAGAAGAGAAAAGAAAAAUCUCCUGAAGCAUCCGCUAAGUCAGAAUAACACAACCUCAUUGCUGAAUGAAAUGCUUUGCAGCUAUCAACAAAUAGCAGAAAAAAAUAGCAUCGAUUACUUUUUUGAGGAUGUUGAAAUUGAUGAAGGUCAUCUGGUUUUAAAUCUUCCACUCGAUACAUGGGAUUCCCUUUUGUUUGCUGAAGCCUAUAUUGAAAGACAACUGUCGCGAGCAACAGGAGCAGACAUCAAAAUCCGGAGAACAAAUUUUAGAGAAACGAAAGGGAUUAUUUUAGAAGCCUGGGGAAGCUCCGAACAACUUUGGAAUGUGAACAAAUCCUUACAAGACCUAGGCCAGAAAUCUUCAAAAGUUGUUUCAACGUUUACAAGAGAUAGAGCAUUCAUUGAAGGAGCUUAUGUGACUUUCUUCGAGGGCAGCAGAUCAAAAAAUGACAUAUUAGAUUUCCGACAUUAUUCCGGACAGAUACAGGAAGACCACAAGCAUCGAGGCCCCCCACAUCUUCCAUGUUUGCAUGGCGUUUCAAGGAAUGUCGAUCCAUCAUUACAACAUUUUGACGAUAAUGAUCCAGACUGCCAAGAAUUUCAACGUGUGUUUUUGGAGCAAGUGUGUGUUGUCAGAGAAAAUUGUGAUGUUACCUAUCAUGGCGUCCUUCGUUUGGCAAUUACAUUUGGUAAAGUUUAUUUAGUAGAUGUAGACGCAGGUCAGAUGACAAUUAAAGAUUUGCAAGAAACUCUACAUCGGAAACAUUUCAUCGAAAGGAAAGAAUUUAACCUAUAUCUGAGGGGUCGUGGUCGUGGCAGAGGAAGAGGGCGACGAAGAGGGGAAAGCUACAGUAAUCUUCGAAACAACUUACCUCCGAGACGAAGUAAAAUUAGCAGUUCGUUUAUUCCAUGUAAUUGUGAUCCCAGAAAAGUUGAAGAGUUUCUCGAAGAGAUGGGAUUCAAAAAGGAUGGAAAGGAAAAGAAGUAUCACGUUAGUCUAGGAACUGGCGAAGCCGAUUUCGGUAAACCUCAUACUGGUCUCUGUGUCCUAGAUCGAGACUUUCGCUUCAUUCAUUUCCGUUUAUCAGAUCUUAAAUGGUUAGCUGGCGACAUCGUUCGACUAAAGAACGAUGAUAAUAAGAAUAGUUUAGAUGUACGAUGCAAGCUGCAGUCAAUGAGAAUUCUUGAUGUGGAAUCUGUGCGGCAGAUGAGUGACAUAAAAGGUCUUCUUGAUGAGAAUUUCCGUAUGGUGGAAGUGUACGGCAAUGGUCUUCGUGUUUCUCCCGAUUUCAAAGACAGGGUGUCAUUUCUUCGAGAAAAACAAGUUAACUCAUAUUCUUACCCAGAUUCGUCUGAUGAGCAGGGCAUCUGGCACAACAUGAAAAUAGAUGUGGCGACCGUGAAAGAACAUUCCGGAUACAACAGCAUCAUCGGAACGUUUUCUGAUACAGUCGAGAGAACAGAGGUUACAAUGCUUCCCAAAUUCCCAGAUCUCAGUUCUAGUGAUGAUGAGUUGAAGAAAUAUGCAAGAAAAACAUGGAAUCUUGCUUUGUAUCUUGGUCACAGAUUUGAGUAAUACGAUUUUGUGGCUUAUUUCAUACUGUGUUGUGUUAUUUUAGAAUAACGAACAUCUGCCAUUGCACAAUCGCCUGCAAAUAUGCACAUAUACUGCUACUAUAAAUGUAAAUUGAUUUGAUCUGAUGUAUGUUAAGUUGUUUGCGAUAAAAUGGUGCAAAUUGUUACAUGUAUCGGUAACAAGUGUUAUAAUGGGCGUUGUAAGGAUUUGUUCUCUCCAUAUCGUUACUGUAUAAAGAUGCAUCUCGCGCCUUUUAUUUUUGUUUAGUGUGCUUUGCCAUUGGUAUUUUGCGUGUGAAUGGAGGAAGCUAUAUUUCAACAUAAAUCCAUUAGCAUUAUAAGGUUAUUUAGAGGGAUAUUGGUUCACUCUGUCUCUAUUAGUAAUUUGCAGGAUUAUACAGAAUACCGCUAUGUGUGCAUAUGUAAUCAUUUUUCAACAAAGACAGGAUUUGGAUUUUGAGUCUGGAUUUACUCAUGAUUUAAUUUGGUGGGAGGAGUGCUCACAGUCUUGUCAGAUGUUCAAAAUCCCCCAUGAAGCACUCUUUCACAUGGGCUGUUUCAAAUAGCAAAUAAUUCAUUCUGCUGUCUUUUCCAGUUUGAGAAUUUCUGGUAAAAUUAUCCAAAACUGCAAUUAUCUGAAUGUUACAUGUGUACAUUAUAUGUAUAUUGUACAUGUUUAUGUCUUUUGAACUAAACGCUCAAACUAUUCAUUUACAUAGUCUAAUUAAUACGUGUUAGGAAUUUAAAUCAAACCUUGCUCAUUCUGACAUUUGAAUAUAGUUAUUCACAGUAGUCCGUCAUCGUGAUAGUUUGCAGACCACUUAGGAAUUCAUAACAUGACUCAUUAUUUUUAUACUUAUAUUAUUUCUUGUAAAGGGUAGCAAAAAGUCCGGACUUUGUCGUCUCCGAAGUUAAAUGUCGCACUCUUUUUUGGGGGGGAUUGAUUUGUAUGCAAUUUUAGAGACCGUGAUUAGAUUUAUUGUUGUUCAUAAUUUAAAGAUGUGCUGGACAGAAAUGUCAAAACCCUUUUCUGCUAUUUUGUAAUAUUUAUAUUCUUUCUAUGUGGUUUUAAAAGAAUUAAAUGAUUGUAUGGUUUGUAUGUAUAUCAAAAUAUGCGUCAAUGACUUGUCAGUCUAUUGUCAUUUGUUGAUGGUCUUAAUCCUUUCCACAAACAUUCAUCAAUUUUACACUGAGAUAUAUGGUUUCAGCAGCUAAAAUGCUUACUACUGAAAUUUUAAGGCAAUUAAUUGACAAUUCGAAGACAAAAUGGUAUAUCAAGGACUUUACACUGUGACCUGAAAAAACACUGCUGACGGCGAGUGUGACCAAUCGACAGGGGAUGCUUACUCCUCCUAGGCACCUGAUCCCACCUCUGGUAACCUUAACGUGACGUGAUAUUACAGGGGAUGCUUACUCCUCCUAGGCACCUGAUCCCACCUCUGGUAACCUUAACGUGACGUGAUAUUACAGGGGAUGCUUACUCCUCCUAGGCACCUGAUCCCACGUCUGGUAUCUUCAGGAGUUCGAGUUUGCCCAUCUCUUAAUUUUGUAUUCCUUAUAUGUAUGCGUUUGAUCACUGUUCGUUAUCUUCGCCUUUCUUAACUCCAAUUCUAUGGAAUUUAUUGUUUCUUAUAUAAAACAUUUAAUUUCUUUAAAAUGAAUCUUAAAACAAUAUAGCUGCAGACGAAAACAGUUCUUGUGGUGUUACAAAACGUUCUUGGGGGAGAUUUGAAUUUUGUAAGAAAGAAUAACUCUUUGUUAUUUUAUUUUGAACUCGCCUUUUAGUAGAUUUGAACAUAUUCUAUCGUGUAACAAGUUUGAUGUGGAUUAGACUUGAAUCGCAUACUUAUUGCCUAUACAACAUGUCAUUUAUGUUUAUAAUACUUUCUAUUUAUGUUGGAAGACAUUUAAAAUUGUAUACAGUCAAUA